AUUAUCAUUUCUUAAAACCCACACUAUAAACCCUCCCCUUAUCCUCUGUCUCCCACCAACAAUGGCCGGCACGACAGCCGUUCCCUUUCCGUCGACCUCCGUAUCUCUUGCCGGCGGCGAACUAUUCUUCACAACCCCGAAACUCCGACCAUUAAAUAUCGCCGUCCGUCCGACAUCCAUCCGGGUCGGGGCUCCAAAGUCAUGUCGGGUGAACAUUAUAACAUGCAAAGCUAAUCGGUCUGCAUACUCGCCGUUGAACUCCGGGUCGAAUUACUCCGGCGACCGCCCGCCCACUGAAAUGGCUCCGCUUUUCCCCGGGUGUGAUUAUGAGCACUGGCUUAUAGUUAUGGAUAAACCUGGAGGUGAAGGUGCUACUAAACAGCAGAUGAUCGAUUGUUACAUACAAACUUUGGCUAAAGUUGUUGGAAGUGAAGAAGAGGCCAAGAAGAAGAUAUACAAUGUUUCAUGCGAAAGAUACUUUGGUUUUGGAUGUGAGAUUGAUGAAGAGACAUCGAAUAAGCUCGAAGGUUUGCCUGGUGUUCUCUUUGUCCUACCAGAUUCAUAUGUCGAUCCAGAGAACAAGGAUUAUGGAGCUGAGCUAUGUGUGAAUGGAGAGAUAGUUCAGAGGUCACCUGAAAGACAAAGGAGAGUGGAGCCAGUGCCCCAGAGAGCUCAAGACAGACCAAGAUAUAAUGACCGAACACGUUAUGUGAGGCGCCGUGAAAACAUGCGGUGAAGAUUGACCUCUGUGUGAUAGUACAACGACUACUACUGCUGCGCCUCAAUCCCAAGCAAGUUGGGGCUCUGUGUGAUAGUUGUCCAGCUUUUUUAUCCUCGUUGGGGAAAAAAAGAUUAUAUCAUGAAAAGAGAAUGUAUUAGUCGUUCUUGUUUUCUAUUGGUCUGAGCUAUUGGAACAUUUGAUGAUUUAGUUGGAACUCUUAAAAAAGUAGGCAUUUAAUAGUCAGUAUGGCUCAUAAAGGUCAUUCAUCUGUAAAGUCAUUAGUCUUCUUUGUUUGCAUUCUGAUAUAGUUUUAUCUUAAAUGUUC